CCGGCAGUAGUCGGUGAUCGUGUCGGUGCAGCAGAUAGCCGAGACCAGCGGAGAGUAAACAAACCUCCAACUUCUAACAGCUGCAGAAACACCAAACCCUCCAGACUGAGAGGAAAAUGUCCGGACUGCAGGGUCUGAAGGCGUUUAUCAGCCAGCGGCUCACCGCGGCGGUGGACGACGUCCUGGGACACCUGGAGAGAACCUUCCGGGAGUACGAGGAGGAGACGGAGCGCCGCCACCGGGACCUGCUGGAGGUGUUUCUGACGGCGGAGAUGAAGCAGCGCGGUGCAGUGUGUCCAUCAGAUGUCCAGCAGAUCGUGGUGAAUGUAGAGAAGCAGCAGAAGAGGAGCUCCAGUCUGGACCAGGAGGACGCUCAUAUUAAAGAGGAGCAGGAGGAGCUGUGGAGCAGUCAGGAGACUGAUAUCACUGAGUUUCCCUCCUCUCCUGUCCCUGUGAAGAGGGAAGAUGAUGAAGAGAAACCUGAGUCUUCACAGCUUCAUCACAGCCACACUGAGGAGAAUAGAGACUCUGUGGGAGAAUCAGAACCAGAACCACAUUUACAACCAGUCACUGGAGACAAAGCUUCAGACUCUGAACCUGAGACUGAGAUCAGUGAUGACGACUGUAAACAGAGUAGAGAACCUGAACAAGACUCUGUGCAACAUCACAGCACUUCAGUGAACGAAGGUGGAAAAAAGUUGUUUAUCUGCAGUGAAUGUGGCCGAAAGUUUGGUCGUAAAGACAGCCUGCGGAGACACAUGAGAUACCACACCGGAGAGAAACCAUACAGCUGCUCUGUUUGCAGCAAAAGAUUCUCUCAGAGGCCAAACUUAAUCCGUCAUAUGAGAUGUCACUCAGGAGAGAAACCAUUUGGCUGCUCAUUCUGUGAGACUAGUUUUGCUGUGCGCAGCGCUCUGGUGAACCACAUGAGGAUCCACACAGGAGAGAAACCAUUCAGCUGCUUAUACUGUGAGAAAAGUUUCACACAGAAGGGAGGGCUGAAGAAACACAUGACUGUUCACACAGGAGAGAAACCCUACAGCUGCCCAGUGUGUGAGAAAAGCUUUUCACAGAAAGCAAACCUGACUUAUCACUUUUCAGUGCACACGGGACAGAAACAGUUUGGCUGCAGCAUCUGUGACAAAAGAUUCACGUGGCAGUCGCAGGUCAAAAGCCACAAAUGUGUUGGAGAGAGCAGCAGCUGAAACUGCAGAGUUGCCAGAAUUACUGUAAAUAAAAACUAAAGUCAACACUCUGCAUUCUCACACUCCCAAUACAGUCUUCUGAACAAGCACAUUUAUGGAGCAUGAAUAUAAAACAGGGAUGGUGGUUUUUGCACAGCUACAGUGUCCAGUUGCACAUUUAUAACAAGUAAAGCACUCAGAGAGCGCAGUACUCUGCCAAGGCUGCUCAGUCAAUGUAUGAUUUCUGACGGAUAAGUCCUGAUAAGUCCACAGCGGUUGAUUUGUAGUAGGAUCACGAUCAUGUCAUCAACAGCAGGCAGCUGAUGUAGCGUUCACUUGUUGUCAUAGUUACAGUGACGCCGUGACGCUAUCUUGCAAUGAUACAUAAAUCUUUAACAAAUCCAUGGAUCCAGACUAUAAGCAGCAUCACUGCCAAAAUGUAAUCAGUUGGUUGUUGUGUCAUUUCUGACCUUCCCUGAAAAUUUCAUCCAAAUCCUUUAGUUUGUUUUUGAGUAAUGUUGCGAACAGAUAGAUUAAAUACAAACAUACGCCGAUUGUCACAUUACUCGCUAUCCGAUUGGAUGAUCCAAAAUCAUUGAUUGUCCUUUAUGACAGAAUGAUUUCUGGAUGAAACAUGAAGCCUGUGGAGUAACAGUGCAGGCUUUGGGUGGAUUGUGUCCCUCAAAAUACUGAAAAAACAUCAACCUGUCCCUCCACCAUACAGUAGAAAAUGUGUUAAAUAUAUCCUCCUUUAAUGAACAUGUUUGUGCAUCUUUCUGUUGUAAUUUCCUAUUAAUUAUUAACAAAAAAACCUUGUUUACCAUCAGAUCCUGGGUUUUUGAAGUUAUCACUGCUGUGUUUGAAUGCAAAUCGCUCUUAAUUUAGAGACAUAUUUAACGUUUCUCUUGAUAUGUGGCGCUGCAGGUAUUUAUUAAAGUCAAAGGAUAAACUCUGUAAUACACAGGACAUCUGUAGGUUUAUUAUUGUUGCUGCAGAAUUUAGAAUUACAGCCAGUGAAACUUGAACAUCAUUACAGUUUCAAGCAUUAAUCUAGCAUGUUUCAGACCUGCCAGAGCCACAUUAAUAGCUAUAUUUUAACAGCUAUGCUAACAAACUGUGUGACUGAUACCUGUGGAGACGAACUGAGGCUUUAAACUCUGCAGUUUUCUUUCUGGAACAAUGUCUGUGCAGAAAUGUGAAGCUCACUGUAAACAGUAGCUUUACAACCCGUGAUACAUAAACACUGACUGGAUGCAUCUUGUAAUGUGCAACAACAUAUUCUUCCCUCCCUCCAAUGCUCCAAGUAAAGCACAGGCCAGCUGUUUUUAUUACAGGUUUAUUACGGGUUAAUACAGAGGAAUUAUUUGUUUAAAAGCUUCUCUAAAUGAAUGAGUUGUUUUUAAUUUAAGCUUGUCAUUGUGCACAAAAUGACAUUUCUGUGUUCUAACUGUGUUAUGGGAUCUGUGUUCCCCCAAAUGUCUGACACCAUCGCAUCAGUCUGGAUGCAGCAACAAGCAGUUCAAAUAAACGUUCCGUGAGAAAUUAGUGUUUUUGUUUUCUGUCGCUGCUGUUAUCAGAGAACUUUUAGCUGUUCUGUUUUAGUAGCAGAGCUUCAAAAUGAGCAUUGCAGCUGAAAUAACAUCCUACAGUAGCAGUAGACCGAUAACCCUCUGAACUCCACGCAGUUUCUAGACGGUUGUUGCUCCUGUCACAUUUUUACUCACUGUGGGCUCAAUUUUCACUGCAAUAUAACUGACUAGAAGUAGAAACAAUUUAGAAAUGUGUUCUGUCCAGAAUGACACAUUUUACCCAACCAGUAGGAGAUGCUGCUAUCUGCUGAUAAAUGCUGCUGUUAAAUGGACAGACACUGACUGCAUUAUAAAGGCUUAUUUCAUUUGCAUUCAUUUGCCCUAUCAGUCUGUUGGACAUCAUAAAUAUGUGAAAUAUAAAUGCUGUGUAUUGCAGAGGGAAUUAAAAGAUUCAUGGUAACCAGUA